AAGAACAUGUGUCCGACUCGAACUACGCAGAAAGCGACAGAAGUAACGAAACUCCUGGUGCUAAAACAUGAAGCUAGGAAGCCGCAAAGGUGCUACCUUUACAAAGCCAGUGCUGCCAAUGCGGGCUUUCGCCGGCUUUGUCAAUCGGAAUAGGCCAUAGGAACAUUUGUUCACAUAUUGUCAACAAAUCAGGCAGUUAAUAGUCAGUUCAUAGUAAUUUCGUUCUGGAUUGUUCGCAUCCUCCCUGAAGAAAGCAACGCGUGGAUUCUGCCGAAGACCAAUCCAAGAAGAAGUGAAAAGUGAACAAAUUGCACUGUAAUUCGAAUUCCUUUCUUCAAUUAGUGCACAUACAAUGAACGGUCAUCGUCGCAAGAGGAAGUGGCAAGCUCGGCGCGGUGAGGAUCUCACCCCCGACGACCGUAUUGAACUGAUUGCCGAGUUGAUGGCUAAACUAGACGGCGUCGAUUUCGUCGCCGACUUUGUCCACAUCCGUCGACUGAAACUACUGAUCACCGACUGCCUGCCCGACCGCAAGGAGCAGCUGCUACGCAUUCUCAUAGGCUAUGUGAACCGGCCCCCCAGCCCGGCCACAGCUAGCUACGCCAAAAUUGUGAGUCUCCUCAGCAACGACUUUGGUUCCCUGAUGGUCGACUGCAUCCGCGCCCUGAGGUCGGUCCAAGAGAAGGCACUCAUCGAUGGAAAGUGGGACAACGCGCACGGCCUGGAGUACUUCUUCGCCGAGCUAAGCAAGUGACUUAGCAUAGAAGGGCCCUGGCUAUGCAGUUUGAUCACUGCACUGCCCCUGUUCGGCCACGAUACGUUGUACAUAUCAAACUCUCGGUAAACAAAACAUAGCAUACUCAAUAACACGAGCCUAACACACGAGAUUAACGAACGAGGCUAACAAACGAGCCUAAUUAACGAAGAAUCUAGGCAACGAUAUUGGUGCACUUUAGGAAUAUAUUUUA